CCCGUGUCCCCCCCCGUGUCCCCCCCGAGCCGGUUCCCCCCCCUCGGGUGGUGGGUGCGGGUGGGGGAGGGGCGGCUUUGUGGGUGCAAUUAAGCGCCAUUUGCUUAAUUGCUCGCGGCUGCCAAGGGGGGGAUUUGGGACACGCGGAGGGGGGGGAACCAAUCCCCCCACCCCAAUUCCCCCCCCGAGAUGGGACCUGCGGCACCCGGGGGGGUCCGGGGCACCCACGGAGAUCCCACAGAGCACCCACGGGGACCCCGUACGGACCCCCCAGAACCUACAGGGACUCCCACAGGGACCCUACAGCACCCUCGGGGACCCCACAGAGCACCCCCGGGAUCCCACAGAACACCCACGGGGACCCCGCAGAGCACCCACAGCACCCACGGGAUCCCCCAGAGCACCCACGGGGACCCCGCAAGGACCCCCCAGAACCGACAGGGACCCCCACAGGGACCCCCACAGCACCCACAGAGCACCCACGGGGACCCUGCGGGGAUCCCCAGAACCUACAGGGACCCCAUAGCACCCACAGCACCCACGGGGACCCCACAGAACACCCACAGGGAUCCCACAGACCAUCCACGGAGACCCUGCAGGGACCCCACAGAGCACCUACGGGGAUCCCGCGAGGAUCCCCCAGAACCUACAGGGACCCUACAGCACCCACGGCACUCAGGGGGACCCCACAGAGCCCCCCCAGCACCCAGAACCCCCACGAACACCCGCAGCACCCGCGGGUGCCCCCACACGUCCCGCCCCCCCCGCGCUCCCAUCGUCCCCGUGUCCCCCCCCCGUGUCCCCCCGGACCCCCCCGUGUCCCCCCAGGCGGGUAUAAGAGGGGGCGCGAGGGUCGCUCCCACCCACCCGCGAUGGCGGCCCCGGGGGGGACGGAGCCCGAGCGCGCGGCGGGGGGGUCCCCGGCGGAGGGGGGGUCUCCCCCCGAGGGGGGGUCCCCGGAACAAGAGGGGUUCUUCUCCCUGCUCAGCUCCGUGCAGGGCGCGCGCAUGGACGAGCAGCGCUGCAGCCUCGGGGGCGGGGGGGGGGAGCCGCCCCCCCCGGAACUGGCGUCGCUGAUGGAGCUGGUGGCGAGCUCGCAGGGCCGGAGGAUGGACGAGCAGCGGCUGCCCGUGCCCAGACUGCCCGGCUUCGGCUCGGGGGGGGCGCAGGACUGAACCCCCGGAGCCCCCGGAGUCACCGACCCCCCCCUCGGGGCCACUCCCCCCAGCCCUGUGCCCACGAUGUCACCACCCUGUGCCCCCCCCAGCCUGUGUGUCCCCCCCCCAAUAAACCCCCCGAGCAUUUGGGGCCUGUGACACCCA